CGCCGGGGCUGAGCCAUAAAAGUGCCGGGAGCCGCCGGGGCCGUGGUUCCAGUUGUCCGCAGUCGUCCCCGGCGCGCCUCGGGGUGGGCAGCCCGGCUGGCCCCUUCUUGCCGCCCGGAUACCCCAGGGACCGCGCCGGGUCCCCUCCAAGAUGCUGUUUUGGCACACGCAGCCGGAGCACUACAACCAACACUCGACCGGCAGCUACCUGCGAGAUGUCCUCGCGCUGCCGAUCUUCAAGCAGGAAGAGCCGCAGCUGUCGCCUGAGAAUGAUGCCAAACUGCCACCCUUUCAGUACGUCCUCUGCACAGCCACGUCACCUGCUGUGAAACUGCAUGAGGAAACCCUGACCUACCUCAACCAAGGUCAGUCUUAUGAAAUCCGUCUACUUGAGAAUAGGAAAUUGGGAGAGUUUCAAGAUUUAAACACAAAAUAUGUAAAGAGCAUAAUUCGUGUAGUUUUCCAUGAUCGACGCCUGCAGUACACAGAGCAUCAGCAGCUUGAGGGCUGGAGGUGGAGUCGACCUGGGGACCGCAUCCUUGAUAUAGAUAUUCCACUGUCGGUUGGUAUCUUGGAUCCCAGGGCCAGCCCAACCCAGUUGAAUACUGUUGAAUUUCUGUGGGAUCCAUCAAAGAGAGCCUCAGCAUUCAUUCAGGUACAUUGCAUCAGCACAGAAUUUACUCCACGGAAACAUGGAGGAGAGAAAGGGGUGCCCUUCAGAGUGCAAAUUGACACCUUUAAGCAGAAUGAAAAUGGUGAAUACACGGAACACUUGCAUUCUGCAAGCUGCCAGAUCAAAGUGUUCAAGCCUAAAGGAGCAGACAGAAAACAGAAGACUGACAGGGAAAAAAUGGAGAAGAAGACCACCCAAGAGAAGGAAAAGUAUCAGCCUUCCUAUGAGACAACUAUUCUCACAGAGUGUUCUCCCUGGCCAGAUGUGCCUUAUCAAAUGAGCAAUGCUCCAUCUCCAAGCUACAACAGUUCUCCAAACAGCUUCAACCUUGGAGAUGGCAACAGUUCUCCAACCCACCAAGUGGAGCUCCUGCCUCCCAGCAAUGAUCAUCUCCUUCCUUCUGCUUCUAUUCAAGAUGCCCAGCAGUGGCUUCAUCGUAAUAGGUUCUCUCCAUUCUGUAGACUCUUCUCAAGUUUUUCGGGUGCUGACUUACUGAAGAUGUCCAAAGAAGAUUUUGUUCAAAUCUGUGGGCCUGCUGAUGGAAUUCGGCUCUUUAAUGCGAUCAAAGGAAGAAAUGUAAGGCCCAAGAUGACAAUUUAUGUCUGUCAAGAACCAGAGCAAAACAGGUCCCAUCUCCACCAAAAACGAGAAAAUGGAGAUGGCAGUCUUUGUGUAUAUCAUGCCAUCUUCUUGGAAGAAUUGACCACGCUGGAAUUAAUUGAGAAGAUUGCCAACUUGUACAGCAUUUCCCCACAGCAGAUAAAUCGAAUCUAUCGGCAGGGACCCACAGGGAUCCAUGUAUUGGUGAGCAAUGAGAUGGUGCAAAACUUCCAAGAUGAAUCUUGUUUUGUUAUCAGCACAUUAAAAGCUGAAAGCAAUGAUGGCUACCACAUCAUUUUAAAAUGACCAUGCUGCACAGAGAGACUUUAACAGCCUAAAAUGUAAUGCCUCACUGAGAUUGCUACAACCUAGACUGGAAACACCAAGAACCUUCUGGAUAAAAAGCUCCUAUGAACUACAAAUUACCAAGAAGCUUAAGAAAAAACUUGCCUUUACAAAAAUACAUUUUUGGUGGGGUGUGUGUGGUGGUGUGUUGUUUGUUUUUGUUUGUUUUUGUUUUUAAGCUGGAGCUGAGAGCAUCCUCAAAGCUUGUACGUGUUUCUUCCUCCCUCCCUUCUUCUUCAGUCUUAAAAAUUGUCGAGGUUUCUGAUUACUACUUAGAAACAUCUACCUUGUACUAAAGGAAAAUGAAAGAUAAACGAAAAACAAUUCUCUAGACCCCUCAUGGUUGGGUGAAUUGGUUUAUUUACUGUUCUGAGUGCUCUCUUGCUUUCAGCACACACCGUGUUACUGGUGGACAGAGGUUCCCUAGGGGUCUUCUUUUACUCUUUAAGGUGGAAGGCUUGGGGCUAAAUCUAGAAACAGUUUGGGCAAGGCAGAGGAUGGAUUUGGUGCCCAGUCCUCACCCGGAGUGUCCACUCUGGAAACCUGCACUUUAGCUUCUUCCCACCUGUAUAUGUGCUCAAAGGCCAGGGACCCCGAUCCGUCCUGACAGAGCUUCUAUAAUACCAAUCCAAAGGAACAAUUUUGUGGGGUUCGAAGGAGGACAGACAACCUGAGGCAAGCAGUUCAGUACCAUGUUAUAUCUUCAGCUUUAGAGUAGUCUUCUUGAAUACAGAGUAUAUGAAGGUUUUCUGAGGAAGUGUUUUGACCAUUGGGAGUUACAGAGCUCAUGCCAAAUUCAUUCUGUGUAUUUAUUCUACUCUGCAAAGCAUUGAUUAACUGCUAUCUUGACUGCAGCUGGGAAUUAGGUUAUGAUGUUAAUAAUGUUUCCUCCUGUUACUCACUGAAUUAAGUAAAGCUGAGUUUUAAUUGAGUCCAGGUAAUGGAUCAUCUUAGUUGUGGCUUCUUAGGUUCUUGCUGUUUCACUUUUGAUGCCUGUUUCAAAUUCCUGCAACUAUGGUCAACUCCCCCCACCCUUGGUCUUUUGGGAUGCCAUCCAGGCUCCACGAAGCUGAAAAAGUGGCUCCCACUGAUGUCAAAGGCAAACUGGAUCACACCCUUCUUGCAUGGAUGGAGUCAUUUCACUGUUGGAAGCUAAUUAAUUAGGCUGCUUCCCAAACUAAACGUCCAUAUAGCAUCAAUUUCUGAUACUCAAACAUUUAAUUUCAUCCUGAAUUGAGACAGAAAGCUGAAAUACCAAAAAUUUUCUUGGAAUGGGAAGUUUUAAAAAAAUGAGAAUUUGUCAGCUGGAAAAUGCUGAAUAAAAUGUUCUAGCCUUUUGAAAUGGAAACAUUUAAUUAAAUCCAUUUGGCCCUUAAAGGAGCAUCAGUUUGAGCUACCGUUGCGGACCUCAGAAAUUACCAUUCGAGCGCCUUGUGCCCCCUGUCUCCCUGCGGCCCAUCUCUUUGACUGGAUUACAGAUCCCAUGAUGAUCUUAAUGCGGGUUAGUUAAAGGGGGAAUGCGUCACGGAGGCUGGAGCGGUGCCCAGGAGCCCAGCCUUCUGGGAAAGAGGGGGGACAUACAGCCCAUGAAUUACAGCUCCCAGCUGACACUGGAGGAAUUCAGACAGACACAGAGUAAUAUUUCUCUGACAAAAAUUAUGCGUUUCAAGUUUUCCCAACAGAAAUAAACAGCAAAAUAUUGAGAAAAGCAGCCUUUUUUUCAUUAAAAGCAUCGAGUUUUGCGCAAAAAAACCCACCCAUUCCCACUGCCUUUUUUUUUUUUUUCACCAAAAAUAAUACUAGAAUAGAAAAAUCGUGUUACAAUAGGAAAACCUUCAGCCAACUCAGCUAAUUGAGUAACAUUGCCUACUUAGGCAUGAUCUUGCUCAACUGGCUGUCCUAUAUGCUUCAUGGAUUGUAGUGUUUAUCCAAAAAGGAUGCCCAGGCUUCUGGACAUGGUGAUUCCUCCCAAGAAGUGAGGAGGUUGGUUGAGGACUAAGUUGUGUAGGUGAGGAGGUUGUAAGUGGUCUCCUGACAGAGGGAGGAGAUCAGACAGUAAGGCCGGGGGAGCUUUGGGGGAAGAAAUGUCAUUGUGGAGGAUUCAAAACACCAUCUUUUUGAGAGGAUGGUAAAGCCAUGCCAAGCUUGACCCUCCCUUGGUGCCUGUGUCACCUCCCUGGUUCUGGAGCUUGCUCUGUACAUGGAGAGGGGCAGCUGUGGAGCCCCUGGCCCUGGUUCACCAGGGAGUCCAGGUUGUGGCCACACAGUUACAGCUGCCUUCCAAAAUGGGGAAUAAAUUCUAACUAUGUUUGUGAGUAGGUGGGACCAAUGUGCCCCUGCAUAUCAGGAGCUUUUGGUUGAUUUUGUGGACAGUAUUUUAGAAGGUGUAUGUUGGCUGUGCUUUUUCAUCCCAUUAUGUGAUACUGGCCUGAUAUACGGCAUGGCUGUUGUUGGCAUGCAACUCAUAGAGCAGCUGACCUGAUGAGAAGGGUGUAGAAAAGACCUUGGAGUUGCCAAGGGAGUAUCCUGGACCAUAUCUCCUUAUGUGUGAUAGCUCUGUAAUUCAGGGGGCACAGCAAUACUGAAACACAGCAACAUGAAGAAAGACAUAGCUUUGCUCCCAGAGUUAGAGACUGAGAACUGUUUGCCUUUUUUUUUUCUUUUAAAUAUAACAUGUUCUUGAUUAUUUAAAAAACAAAUCUUGCCCAUAAGGAAUUAUAUGCAAAACUCCUUACAAUGUUUCAGUAGCUCUUGCUUGAUUAAUUUGAACAAAAAUAACUGUUAGAGCCUUGUUAUAUUUAGAUUUUUUUUUUUAAUAAAAUCAUUUUAUUCUGAUGUGAAGGCAAAUUUGGCAAUAUAUCUUUUUUUGCUUUUCCAUGCUGUAAGAAGGUACACCAGAGUAAACAAUCCCAUAGAUUAUAGGUAUUGUCCUACUAGGUGGGCUCUACCAUUUUACCUAUGUUAGCCUGUUUGUAAAGCUGUAUAACUUUAAUGUCUGUGUGAGGUCUAUGCUUACCUGACAGAGUAGUUCUAGUCUCGAUAGGCUAAAGGCAAGGGAAAUGAGUGGCUUCCCCUCAUCUAAGUAUCCAAAAAGGUUUUGCAUUUACUUUGCUCUUAAGUGCCUGUUAUAUUUAUUCUUGCCUUUUUGUUGUUGUUGCUUCUAUUUCUGUUUUAAAAAGUAACAAAUGAAACCUUCUGCUCAAAGUGAUUUAAAUGACACUUUUUUUCCAGCUCUGUAUGUGAAAUUUGUACAGCGGACUUUUGUAAGCUCUGGAUUCUAGGAUUAAAAUGAAUGGUGUAGUAUCCCAAACUGUCCAGCUCUUAGGUUGUAUGUAAGAUGACAGCCAUGAUGACUAGAAGGGGGCUUGCUGGGAUGAAAAGGCAGAACCAUUACAUGAUUAAAACCAAUAUGACACCAGUCAGUGCUGUUAAGUUCUUGUCAGAACCGUACCGGCUAUUUGAAAUUACUUCAUGAUUUGCAGCUUUUACUCUGGCAAUGGAAUAAAUUGAUACAGAUUGGUGUGCACAAAUCUGGUGAUAGUCUUAGAACUCAUAGAAGUGUCCAUGAUACACAACUGCAGUGCAGGGAAGGGGCAAAUAAUCUGGUGAUAGAAAUUCGUGCCGUCUGCCUGAGGUGGCAGAACUGAUGUUAUUAAAAGCUCCUUUUCUUUCAGCUGGCCCUGCUUGGUUAAUUAGCUAAAAUAUAAAUAAUAAUUAAAUCUGGAAAAUAUUGGAGUUCUUGUUAUCUUGCUGUGAAAUUUAACAGGCAGGAGUUUCAAGACUUGGAAGUGGUAAAAGGAUUCUUCCAGUUGAGAAGUCCCAGAUGGCACUCUCCUUAUAAUGUAACAUAUACAUAUUUAUGCAUAUAUAUACACACAUACAUACUGUACUGUAUCAACACAUAUAUGUGCUGAGUACUUGUGUUCUUUGGCUGUAACUGGUACUCUGCUUCGUUUAAUUGCAGUUCAGUGUAAAAGACUCUGGUUGAUGAAGCUUUGAAACCCAGCCAUUCCUUGGGUAGAAAGGUAAAAGUCCAUAAUAGUGACUCUAGGUGAUUUGGACGUGGCAUGCUUGGAGUGAUGUAAAUUUUAUGAGUUUCUGCAAUAUAAAUCCCAGACCUUGGUGAAGAGAAGCAUAUUCUUGCACUAACACUGCAGUUCUAUAUUGCAGCUUCUGAAAAUUAGUUAAGAAUAAAAGAUAAAUAAAUUGGCCAAUGCUUUGUACACUAGUAAGAGCUACUCCCUAAGCAGAACAACCAUACUAUGACUUUUCUAGCUCGAUGUUGUAUUGCUUAAGCAUUGGCUAUAAUGCUAACAAUCAUCUGGUGGAUGACUGGGACAGGUUUUUUUUGUUUGGUUGGUUUUGGCUGUUCUCAAAGAAAUACUUGUAUUCAGACUGUAUCUUCUCUUUCUCCUCCAGUUAUGAAAUGCUUUAACUUCAUGCUACUAAGAGAAAUAUUUUCUUAAGACUGUAAUCUAUUUGACAGCACAGGGUACUCAAAGCAGGGAGUGUUUGUUUGGCCUUCAUCAUCACUACUGUGGGUGAACAUGAGAAGGCAGAUGGGAGAUUAUCUUAGCAGUCUUGCCUCUGUUUAACAAAAAAAAGUGGUUUAUGCUGGUGCCUAAUUUUUUGUGCAUUUCUGAUUUGUACCUUUUUGGGUUUUUUUUGGUAUUCCCUCAAAAUUCUUCUCGCUGUGGGAGGACGCAUUGGUGAGCAGCUGGUGUGUCCAACUAUUUUAAGUAGCCUGCUGUUGUCCCAGUUUGCUUGGGGUGAGCGUUUAUCUUUCCAAGGGCUCAGGGAGUUACCUCUCUUUGCUGACAAUGCAGCCGUUCGAGGCAGGGAUGCUGACUGCAAAGUCAGUGCGAUGGGUGAGGGCGAGUGGAGGUGGGUCGAUGGGAGGCUGAGGCGUACCAGUUGUGAGUAAAUACUGCCACACUCUUUGUCUUUUUGUUUGUUCCUGUUUUUUUUUUUUUAUUUUUUUUUUCUGUUUUGUUUUUUGGAUUUUUUUUGUACAUGAAUAUUAAGAAAGCAUAUUUUGCACUGGCUCUUGUACUGUUGUGCAGAAGAAAUCUGUAUCUAGAAUCUGUGCUCCAGUCGAAAUGCAAAUAAACCUGUUUGUAAGAAGCACAA